GCUUAGAGCACUGAGAAAGAAAAUAACUCUGAGAAGUGACCCAGGAUGAAUUCCAAGCAUCAGUGCAUACAACUGAAUGAUGGUCACUUUAUUCCUGUCCUGGGCUUUGGCACCUAUGCCUCUGAAAAGGUUCCCAAGAAAAUGAUUACAGACUGCACCAAACUAGCUAUUGAUGCUGGGUUCCGCCAUAUUGAUGCUGCUUAUUUGUACCAAAAUGAAGAGGAGGUAGGACUGGCCAUUCAAAGCAAGAUUGAGGAUGGCACAGUGAAGAGAGAGGACAUAUUUUGUACUUCAAAGCUUUGGUCUACUUCUCAUCAACCAGAGCUUGUUCGACCUAGUUUGGAAAGAACAUUGAAAAGGCUUCAACUGAAUUAUGUUGACCUCUACCUUAUUCAUUUCCCAGUGUCUCUUAAGCCAGGAGAUGAGAUUUAUCCAAAAGAUGAACAUGGAAAGUUCAAGCUCGACAUAGUGGAUCUUUGUGCCAUAUGGGAGGCCAUGGAGAAGUGUAAAGACGCGGGGUUGGCCAGGUCCAUUGGGGUGUCCAACUUUAACCGCAGGCAGCUGGAGAGGAUCCUGAACAAACCAGGACUCAAGUAUAAACCUGUCUGCAAUCAGGUAGAAUGCCAUCCUUACCUGAAUCAAAGCAAACUACUGGAUUUCUGCAAAUCAAAAGACAUUGUUCUGGUUGCCUAUGGUGCUCUGGGAACUCAACGAUAUAAAUAUGGGGUGGAUGAGAGCGCCCCAGUUCUCUUGGAUGAUCCAGUUCUUGGAGCCAUGGCAAAAAAGCACAAGCGAACUCCAGCCCUGGUCGCCCUUCGCUACCAGCUACAGCGAGGGAUUGUGGCCCUGGUCAAGAGUUUCAAUGAGGAGCGAAUCAAAGAGAACAUGCAGGUUUUUGAAUUCCAGUUACCUUCAGAAGAUAUGAAAGUCAUAGACGGCCUAAACAGAAAUUUUCGGUAUUUUUCUGCUCUUAUGUUUGAAGGCCACCCUAAUUUUCCAUUUUCUGAUGAAUACUGACAUGGACCUCUUCAUCACUUCUACGGAGCACUUGCCUGG